CCCCGGCAGCCGCUGCUCUACGCGCAGCCCUACGCGGGCCUCAACGGGAUGCUGGGCCCGCCGGCGCCAGCGCUGCACCACGGGCUGCGCGACCCGCUGGGCGCCGAGGAGGCGGGAGGCCACGAGCUGGCGGCGUCGCCGCCGCCGCUGGGGCCGCCCGAGCCGUCGGACGAGGACGCGCCCAGCUCCGACGACCUGGAGCAGUUCGCCAAGCAGUUCAAGCAGCGGCGGAUCAAGCUGGGCUUCACGCAGGCCGAUGUGGGGCUGGCGCUGGGCACCCUGUACGGGAACGUCUUCUCGCAGACCACCAUCUGCCGGUUCGAGGCGCUGCAGCUGAGCUUCAAGAACAUGUGCAAGCUGAAGCCGCUGCUCAACAAGUGGCUGGAAGAGACGGACUCCAGCACGGGCAGCCCCACCAACCUGGACAAGAUCGCGGCGCAGGGCCGGAAGCGCAAGAAGCGGACGUCCAUCGAGGUGGGCGUCAAGGGCGCCCUGGAGAAUCACUUCCUCAAGUGCCCCAAGCCCUCGGCGCACGAGAUCACCUCCCUGGCGGACUCCCUGCAGCUGGAGAAGGAGGUGGUGCGGGUCUGGUUCUGCAACCGGCGGCAGAAGGAGAAGCGGAUGACGCCGGCCGGGGUCCCGCAUCCCCCCAUGGAGGACGUUUACGCACAGGCGGACACUUCGCCGCUGCACCAUGCGCUGCCCGGCGCCGUGCAGUGACUGCCCGGCCCCCCGCGGCCCCGACG